CCAAUUUGAUUUGGGACUCUGAGCAUAGAAACUCCGCCCCAUCUGAGGCCCACUGCAGAGGCAGGUUUUGAAGAAUCAGGGAAAACAAGGCACACAAACAAUAACCAAGAGAAGGAAGAGGUCAUGGGGUGAAGCUUGUGAAGGACACACACUUCCUGAAACCUGCCAGUGCUGGGAGCUACUGGGUGUUGGGAUCCAUAGCCCCAAACAGCUGGAAACGCACGGCACAGGUCACUUGGGGACAGCCAUGCUGGGCCAGGCAAGGGUCUGUGUGCACAAGGCUGGCCUCACCAUCCUGCAGUAUGCAGGCGGUCCUAGGAGGCUGCCCCCCCAGCAGUGAAGCUCCUAGAAGCUGCCCUGGUCUUGGGCAUGCACCUGAGGGCUGCCCUGCAUUGGUGGGGACUGGGAAGCAGCUGGGGUGCAUGGGAGGAAAGGGAAGUGCACUUGCCAAUGCCUGCUGCAUGCCAGGCCCUGCGCCCAGAGUGUAGAAGUAACCUGAGAGACAGAACAGGCGUCCACAGGAAAAUGAAAUCAGCCCCCAACCAGACUUCGUAUUAUAAGGUCCUGGGCAACCUGGGCUGCCCUCUGCACCAGCCACUGGGCCUCCACUUCCACAAUGGCUCCUGUGCUCCCAGCUCCCAGGCUCUGGUCUGCGCAGACCAGGCGUCAGGAGAGCUGGGCAGCGAUGAGCAGCCCCUCCAGGCGUCCCGUCUCUGACCCGGAUAUCAGGUGGCUGGGCUGGGGAGGAAGCAGGGGGGUCAGGCGGGGAGGGGGCCAGGACUGGCUCAUCGGAGGCGUCCUGAGGUUUCCCAGCCGGCUCUGGAGCAGCAGACAAUCUUGCAUUGUCCCCUGGCUGCAGCAUGGAGCAGGGGAGCCGCUGGGCUGAGCGCCCCACGCCUGUGAGGGUGGAGACCAAGCCCUGCCGUGGGCGCUGGAGAGCUCCCGGCCUGCUGCUGCUGCUGGCGCUGGCCACCACGGCUGCUGUGGCUGGAGGGCUCCUUGGUUUCAGCCACAGCCCUUCCCAGCCCCCGCUGCAGACGCUCCGCCUGAGCCUCCCGAGCCCGGGCAUGCCCUGGUCCAACCAAACCGAGCAGGUGGACGUGGCCCAGAACGUGGCAACCAUCCGGGUGACUCCAGCCCAGAGCAACCACAGCUGGGCAGUGCUAUUCGAUGGGCAGAGCGGCUGCGUCUGUUACCGGCCCUCAGAACACCGGGCCUGCUUCCUGCGCCUGAUGGAACCCCGAGACCGUGAGGCUCUGCAGCUGAUGGUGAACACCUCUCAGCUCCAGGCAACGCGAAGCCCCAGCCAGGACACCCACUACGCCCAGGAGCUGCUGGCAGUGCUUGGGAGCCAAGAGGUGGACCCUGCCCAGGUCGGGGCUCCUGUGCGGCACCUUUGUGCCAAGACCCCCAUUUACUGGGCCCGACGCGCAGAGGGGUCCCAGAGGCAGCGGCUGAUCUACCUAUGUAUCGACAUCUGCUUCCCGAACAACAUCUGUGUGUCGGUCUGCUUUUAUUACCUCCCAGACUGAGCCCCAGCCUGGCCACACAGGCCAGCCACCUGGCCGACCCUG